AUGUGCUUCGGCAAAGCGGAGACGUCGAAUAACUACUCCUUUGGAACAUGUCAACAGAGGAAGCUCUUUCCUCACUACCAUGCCCCAAACUUGUUGGGGAACAAGUUUCUUCCUCUUAGGGGAUCGCCCCGCAGAGGGCCUGGGUGUUACAUAUUAGAAGAUACGUAUGGCUUGGCAUACAACCUAAUUAAGAUACCAACGAGUAUAAAAGGAUAUACUUGUGGAGCCAGAACAGCCCUGAGGUUUAAGCCAAUCAACAAGGAUAUGACACCUUACCCAGGCAUGUACCAGAGAACAACUCCUCAGGAGGAAAAACACAAACAAAGUUUUGCUCCUUUUAAUGUCUUGAUGCCUCGAUUUAGGAACUAUUCAAAGGACACUUAUUAUCCUGGUCCUGGCACAUACAACCCAGAGAAGAAGCCACCUCUAAAAAUUGCUUGGCCAAUGAAAUUUGGAUCUCCAGACUGGGCUCAGGUUCCAUGUCUACAGAAAAGAACCCUGAAAACAGAGCUAUCCACAGACAAAGACUUUAGAAAGCAUCGGAAUCGUGUGGCCUACCUAAGCCUGUAUUACAACUGA